AUGGCACUGAGAAACAUCUUGAAUGAGUCAGAAGUUGCAGACCACAGCCUCUGUUUUGAAUCUGUGAAUAACUCUUGUCUUAAGUUCACAUAUCCAACUGUUAUUCGUAUGACUCUCUAUGUUUUCCUUGGGAGUAUAGCUGUCAUAACAGUGGUUGGUAACCUGCUGGUCAUCAUCACUGUGAUCCAUUUCAAACAGCUCCACACACCUACAAACUACCUCAUUCUCUCCCUGGCUACGGCUGACCUGCUUUUGGGUGUCAUUGUAAUGCCCCCCAGUGUGGUACGAGUUGUUGAAUCAUGCUGGUAUAUGGGGGAAUUAUUCUGCAAAAUUCAUACAAGUACAUCUAUAACGUGUUGCGCAGCAUCAAUUUUAGGUCUUACCAUGAUAUCUAUUGAUCGACACUAUGCCAUUAGUCAACCCUUGUUGUAUAAAUCUAAGAUAACCAUUUCUGUUGUUGUCGUAAUGGAUUCCCUCAGCUGGAUUGUGUCAGCAAUAUUUGGUUUUGGGUUGGUCUUUCUAGAGUUAAAUCUUUUAGGUAUAGAGGAACUCUACAACAGUGUGGUGUGUGAAGGGAGUUGCAUUUUCUUACACAGUUUAACUUCAAGUUCUUUGUCAUCUGUACUGUCUUUUUAUAUACCAGGUUUAAUAUUGGCCUUCAUAUAUCUUAAAAUUUAUGUUGUUGCACAGGAGCAAUUAAGAUCAAUUAAGAUAAUGAAUAUGAAUACAAGUGGUAAGCCAUCAAUUAAUAAAAAAGAUAGAAAGGCCACCAAAACCCUAGCCAUUAUCAUGAGUGUAUUUAUGGCAUCAUGGAUUCCCUUUUUUCUUAUUUUUUCCAUUGAUCCACACUUUGGUUAUGGAGUUCCAAGUUUAGUAUUAGAAAUAUUUGGUUGGCUGGGUUACUUAAACUCCACAAUUAAUCCUUUGGUGUAUGCCUACUUUUACAGUUGGUUCAGGAAAGCAUUUCAGAUCAUUGUUUCAGGCUCUAUCUUUCAGCAGGAUUCAUCUAGAAUCAUAUUGAUAUCAAUGUGA